CGAGAGAAAAAUCUGAGAAUCGAACUUGGUGAGUUCUAACAGAAAGCUACUGUGGAACAAAUCACAUCAAUCCACUAUAUCUGCUGCUGUUCAGAAACAAAAGAAGUUGUCUGCUCACACCUGCAAUAUGUCUGAGUUGGUCCAUGCUCUUUCUGGUGCUUCUGGUGCCACUGUUUCUCUCUUGUUAACCUAUCCAUUAACCACCAUUGCUACAAAGUCUCAGGUCAAAAGUGAUUUGUCUUCACCAACACAAAAAAGAAUUGUUAAAAUAAUCAGAUCAAUAAUUAUUAGAGAUGGGUAUAAAGGGUUUUUCAAUGGGCUUGAGUCUGCUAUUUAUGGUGUGGCAUUGACUAAUUUCAUUUAUUAUUUGUUUUAUGAGUAUAUUAGCCGAUUUUUAUUAAAUAAUAGAGAGGUUUUCAAAUCUCCAUUUAAAUUGACCAAACUACUUAAAUUAUCAUUUAAAAACAAAAAUGUUUUAUCUACUAUGGUUGGAUUAACUACAGUUGAGUCUAUAUUGAGUGGAUUAAUAUCUGGAUGUAUUAAUGUAGUCUUGACUAAUCCAAUUUGGGUUGUUAAUACUAGAAUGACAGUCUCUAAAUCUAAUAAAUCAUUUUUACACCAUUUGGUUAGUAUCAUUAAAAAGGAACGAAUUUCCAAUUUAUUUAAUGGUUUGAUGCCUUCAUUAAUAUUGGUUUUAAAUCCAAUUAUCCAAUAUACUAUAUACGAACAGUUUAAGAAUUUUUUAAUUAAAGUUAGAUCGAAUAAGAAUAAAAAAGCCAAUCAAUUUAGCUCAUUAGAUGCAUUUUUUAUUGGGGCGAUAGGUAAACUAGUUGCUACCACAUUGACAUAUCCAUAUAUAACUUUAAAGACAAGAAGUCAUUUAAAUGAUGAAAAAUUGGGUGAAAAUGAUGAAAAUGAAGGUAAUAAUAACAAUAAUAACAAUAAUGAUAAUAAAAAGAAGAAUAAGAAUAUGAUUGAGAUGAUUAAAGAAAUUUAUGAAAAAGAAGGAAUAUUAUCAUUUUAUAAUGGAAUUUCAGUUAAAUUAUUUCAAUCGAUUUUAAAUGCAGCAUUUUUGUUUUAUUUCAAACAAGAAUUUGUUAAUUUGUCAAUAUUUAUGAUUAGUAUUGUUAAGAAGUAUCAGAAAAAAAGGUCAAAAAGAUAAUAACAAUUGAAUAAUAAUUAAAUAAUUAAAUAAUUAAAUAAUUACUUAUAAUAAAAUUUUAAUUUAUCAUAAGUUAGAAA